GGCUGCUUUUGUUCGAAAACAGGAUGUCCACGUCGGACGACCAAGGAUGCGAUACUCCAACUCAUACGACUCCAGCCUCCAUAUAUGCUGACUCAACCGGCCUUCCUUCGUUUGCGAGAAUACAAACAUACAAGCUGUCAACUUGUCCAUGAAAAGGGGGAACAUUUAUCAUCCACGAGCCCAGGUCCAGCCUUGUCAUCGCAUUGAGCAAUGGUGUCCUGGGCCUCUACCCGCAGAGAGAGGGCGGGAGCCGGGACACGGCUAAUCACGACUUCGGGCCGUACUGGAAGUGCAUGGAGAAUGAGAAGAUGUGGCUCGGCUUCAAGAAUACGGUGUCAGCUGCCUACAUGGGACAUAGCGACCUGCAGUCAUGCUGGCGCUUCCAAGCCACACAGUUGUCUCACGGCGAAAGGGAAUCGUUUUGCACACGGCAACAUCAUGAUGGCGGAUAUGUGCUCCUGGUCAAGCAGGGGAGCGGGUUUCUACCUAUGAAUGUUGGAGGAAAGGCUGGUACAGAGUUGGUGGUGGACAAUGACCGGAAGGAACGAGGUGGCAGUUCAUCCGAGUUGACUAUCCUUGAGUUAACUCGGACAAUUAUGCCGAUGUUCUGGGGCCGAGAGAAAUGA